AUGUCUCCCGUUCGCGCAGAAAGUACCUUUGCCUACCAUGGCCUUGAUACUGGCGAAUCUACCGACACUGAUGUUGUCAAGUCGUUGAUUAGAAAUUUUCUUGAAAAGGUCAAUUUCGACCGAUCUAUGCCGCUUAUCAAGGAUCUGGAGCUCGAAGAGGCUGUUUGGACGUACUUCAAAUCCCAGAACUUGGGGCAGGAGACUGAGAAGGCCGUGCGCGGUGUGCUCAAGCUAUCUGUCACCUUGACACUUCAGGCCUACACGUCGCUGCACUUUGAGAACAAAGUUCUCUGCGCCAUUCAAUUCCUCUACAUGUUUUUGGUGGACGAUAUAGCGCCAUCAUUCUUGGAGGAGCUCCGUUUCUUCUGUCAGAACUUCACGCUCAACAACGAUCACCGACAGCCUCUUCUCAAUGGCUUCGACAAGCACCUCCGAUACCUUGGGCGGUACUACGGGCCCUAUUGCCACUCGACCAUCAUCAAGUCCGCCUUUGACUACGUCAACGGCCGCAUCAUAGAGCAUGAGAUGGAGCAGUCUAACUUCAAGUUCUCGUCUAAAACCAGGCUGAUGCCCAUGUUUUUGCGCACUAAGGUCGGUGCUGCUGAGAUUCUUAACUCACUGCUCUGGCCCAAGGCCCUAUAUCCAGAAGACAAAUAUCUUAUCCAAUUUUUCCCUGUUGUGCAGGAGCUCGUGCUUUUCACCGAUUUCACCAACGAUAUUCUAUCCUACUACAAGGAGUUUGUCAUCAAGCAGGAGAAGGGCAACUUCGUGGCAAAUUUCUCGGAGACACAUGGAAUGUCUCAUCUGGAUGUCUUGAGGCAACUGACUACAUAUACCCCCCAGGUAGUAGGCUCUGUGUUUGAGCUUUUGGAAGGCAAGGAGCAGAUGCGGGAGACAGUGCAGAACUUUAUCAAUGGCUGGAUCAUACUGUGCACUUCUCAUCGACGCUACCAUUUGGUCGAGCUCUUUGCAGAAGAGGGCUAUCUACCUCCGUAUAGCGAUGAUUCUUGA